AUGGAGGACGAGAUUCAAUACGUUCCCCGAGGGUACCUCAGUUACUUCGAUGUCACUGACGAACUUUUUCCAUGGCCAGUUAAUGUUAUCCAGGAAAUAGAACGACGACGAGCGGCGCUCAAUGAUAUGCUCCUUUUUGACAUACUUUUGUCAUUGGGUGGCAUACGGGAACCCGAUACACUUUAUCCGCCACGGGAUGUGCAAUCCCUCGAGCGCCUGCUGGACGCGAUUUCCGCCUCUCAGUAUGACGUACUCAAAAAAGACUGUCUUGUUUAUUUCCUUCUCAAGUGGCAUGAGGAUGGUCGGGAGACCAAGUUUGAGCAGACCCGGUCGAUACCACCCCAAUUCUGUGCGCUUUCGGACGCGUACUGGCAUCUGGAUGCGGGGCUCAACGUACAGCGUGCAGUUGGCCUUCUUUCGGACUCCCGCUUGAACCGAGAUUAUGCCUCGAAAAUUCUCCAUGCCAUCUCUCUCUCCGAUGACCCGACGACCCUCAUACUCAAGUAUGUUCGAACGGCGAAACCUCUUUUGACUGAACCAGAGGAUAUGAAACUCUACACCCUUGCACUUGCCGACUCUAAUUUCUUUGAAGCGUGGCAGUAUCAGCGAUCAUUCAACGAGUCUGACGAAAUGAGGCCACGUCUGUUCAAUGCUUUGCUGGAGUGGUGUAUAACGCCUUUCCCCCGGUCUGCUGCACUUUCGCAGCUGUUGGGUCUGCCUCUGUCAUCCUUUGAGCAGUCCAUCCUCCACACUUAUGCACUCCAACCACCACCCAAUCUUCCUCCAUCGUCCACUGCUGCUCUACAAGACCUCAUUUGUGUCCGUCUUAUUGAAAGCGGUAAUUAUGCCGAAGCUAUUAAAAUCGAUCGACAAUUCUCUUCAAUCUCAACGCUCAAGGGACAUCACAUUACCCAAGAACGAAGAAAAAUGAUCCAGGAAAUCUAUGCUUCUUUACCCCAAGUGGAGCGUACAGUACUGGACUUGGAAUUGGAAGCUCAGGAUGCUGCUUCUACCAGUUUCAUGGGACACAGCAGUCACAAUGGUGGCGAUGUCAGCAUGUCGAAUUCAUGGGAGGACAUCAGGCUGACGCAUAUAAUGCCCACUUCAAUCAAUGGAAAGGCUUCCCCCAUACAACCCCCGACUCUAGAUCGGUCAACAGGUUUCCGUGCUGCACCUUCCGGAUCGACAAACAAUCUUUCUCAAUCCUUCUCAUCGAUUCACUCAAUGACGAGUGUGCCAAACGGUGCCUCAUCUUCAAAAACACGUGUACUUCCUCCUUCAAUACCACUCUCCUCUUCGACAUCGUCGACCCUUCAUCAGUCCUUGAAUCAAUCACAGCAGUCGAUGUCUUCUACAUCGGCUCCUUCAUCGACUCCCAUACCGUUUGAGUCUGCAGCCAAGCGACAAAACGCAUUCUUCCAGCCUCAGGACCGCAGAAAGAGCGGGGAACAGUUGUUCAGUCUCCCCAAUGGUAAUGGCCAUCACGAACAUACCACAGGGCAAAAAGACAUCGAUAUGCUGAUGCACGAAGAAUACGACGAGUCGUUGAGCCAUGAUGAAGAUGAUGUCCCCCCUCCUCCAGAACAGUCGUUCUCUGAGUCUUUGUUUGGCCUUACCCCGAGUGUUCCUGAGCCCAUAAGCAAUGGGCGACUGCCGACGACGAACCAUACAUCCAAAAUGCCUCCCGGGGCGUUUGAAGAUGCACAUCCUGACGAGGAAAUCCACGAGGUCCCUGCACAGCCAAUGAGAAUGGCAACGCGGCACCGUACUGUCAAAGUGCCGGACACGAAUUUGAAGCGGAGUAUACCUGGUGCGUUGAUGGAUGACACAGACGAAUCGGAGAAAGAGGAUGAGGUAGCACCGUUGCGCUCGCCUUCCCCUCCACGCAGGGCACUUCGGAAGGGACGUGUGUCAGCGACUGAAGCUCGAGUAACGACAGAUCAGAGCAGAAGGCGAUCAUCACGUUUAUCCUCGGUGUCUCACCCGGAGCCCGUGCCGCUCAAAAAGAUGACGAAGUCGAGAAAGUCGACUGCCACUGUCGCCGCCGCUACCACAACUACGGCUAAGGCCAAAAGGAAACGGUGA